CCCCCUCUCUCUCUCUCUAAGCCAACUAACACCUUCGAAGACUCUCUCCCUCCUCCUCCUCCUCCUCCUCCUCCUCUUCUCUUCUUUCUCUCUCUAGUUUCAUGGUUUGCUAAGAACAAUUUAUUCGGUUUCGGCGCAUCGAAGCCCUAGAUUCUUCCUCAUUCUUCGUUGGUGUAACUAGUUUAUCUUUUUCUUUCCAGUUUUGGCUUGCAUAGCCCUGGCGAGAAAAUGAGCUUCUAGGUGCACAAGUAGGUCAAGAACUUUUUGAUUAGGUUUCUGAUAUCAUGGUUGGCAUGAUGAAUUUUUUGAGCAUUCCAAUCAUGUCUUAACAAGGAGAAGGGGGACUUAAUCAUUCUAGAAGUUAAAUGUCUGAACUUUCAAAGACAAGCAGUAGAAUGAUUAAGAAACAAGAGAUGAAGAAAACUUCGUCCAGUUUAAAUAGUCGGUCUGCUAGUAGAAAGCAACACAGGAAGAUAGAAAAUCCAAUUCGCAUGCCUGCAGCUUCUGAGCAAUGUCUACAUUCUGGAAUUUCAAGUACAUGGGUAUGCAAAAAUUCUGCUUGUAGAGCUGUUUUGUCAGUAGAUGAUACAUUUUGUAGGAGAUGCUCUUGCUGUAUCUGCCACUUAUUUGAUGACAACAAGGACCCUAGUCUCUGGCUGGUUUGCUCUACGGAAUCGGAACAGGGUGAUUCCUGUGGAUUAUCAUGCCAUAUUGAGUGUGCCCUGCAGCGUGGAAAGGUAGGGGUUGUUGAUCUUGGGCAACUAAUGCAGCUAGAUGGUAGUUACAGCUGUGCUUCUUGUGGAAAAGUUUCUGGGAUACUAGAAUGUUGGAAGAAGCAUCUAGUUGUGGCAAGAGAUGCGCGCCGUGUUGAUAUUCUCUGUUAUAGGAUUUAUUUAAGUUACAGGCUCCUUGAAGGGACUUCAAGGUUUAAGGAACUGCACGAAGUUAUUCAAGAGGCAAAAGCCAAGCUAGAAACUGAAGUAGGUCCAGUAAAUGGGAUUUCCGCCAAGAUGGCUCGUGGUAUUGUCUGUAGGCUUGCUGUUGCUGGUGAUGUGCAGAAGCUUUGCUCCCUGGCAAUUGAAAAAGCAGAUCAAUGGCUGGCUACAGUAUCCAAUCCAAAUCUGAAGUGCAGAGAAGAUUCACUUCCGGCUGCUUGCAAGUUUCUUUUUGAAGACAUUAAAUCUUCUUCUAUUGUGAUAACAUUAGUUGAAAUUUUGAAUGCCUUAUCUAAUGAGACUAAAGGGUAUAAGCUUUGGUAUAGUAAGAGCAGAGAAGAAGAAUACACAAAAGAACCUAUAUGUGUCUUUCCUAGAACUCAGAGAAGGAUUUUGAUAUCCAAUUUACAACCGUGCACUGAAUACACAUUCAGAAUUGUUUCAUAUACAGAGAAUGGUGACAUUGGUCACUCCGAGGCCAAGUGUUUUACAAAGAGUGUGGAAAUAAUUCACAACUCCCAUUCUCCUGCCCCUUCAAUUCACAGGAAAGAAAGUCCUGUUAUUGAAGAAAGCUGUAUCAGGAAGAAGGGUCCAGAUAAUACAUUCAUUGUCUGUUCAUCUUCAAGAUUUCAAGUUCGAGAUCUUGGAAAGAUUCUGCAACUUGCUAGGGAUCAAGGAGAAGGAUGUCUUGAGAGGCUUUGUAGUGCUAAUAUAGCAAAUGGUUGUGGAGUGCAGAACGGGGUGAAACCUGAAACUCCGGAAGAGGAGCAGCUACCUCCUGUUUCUCCUGGACUUGAUUUAAAUGUGGUUUCUGUACCUGAUCUGAAUGAAGAACUAACUCCUCCUUUCGAGUAUUCUAGGGAUGAAGUUAAUGGUUGUACUCUACAGCAAGCAGUUGAGGCAGAUGAAGAUGCUGCUUCUCAUGAUAUAGAGAAGAGUGGCUUGGCAAGAUCACACGGGAGUGGCGAUUCGCAGAUAUGGACUUGUGGGCCAAAUGGCGAGGUACCGGCUGUUGAUUCCCUUACAGGGUUGUGUAGGAAAAGGGCUGCCAGCACAAAUGAAGAGACAAAUGAUUGUGACAGCACUUUGAUAAACGGAUCGCCGCUCCGAGUGGCAAAUGGUUCAUGUUUCUUGGAUGAAAACUUCGAGUAUUGUGUAAAGAUAAUUCGGUGGCUAGAAUGUGAAGGUUACAUUAAACAGGAAUUUAGAUUGAAACUUCUAACAUGGUUUAGCUUGAGAUCAACCGAGCAAGAACGUAGAGUAGUCAACACCUUUAUCCAAACACUGAUUGAUGAACCUAGUAGCUUGGCUGGACAGUUAGUUGACUCCUUUUCUGAUAUCAUAUCUUGCAAGAAGCCACGAAAUGGGUUCUGCAGUAAGCUUUGGCAUUAGAUUAGCAUUUUCAUACGAAGAAAAAAUCACCGUUAACUCGUACUUAUGAUCUCAACCUUCUCUGCUUCUUCUCAUCUCUAAUUGGUCUGCCAUUAUUUGUGCAGGCAUAUAUUCUUGAUCACUAUCUUCAACUGAUUCGUUUAUACCUUCGGACAAUAUGAUCCGGGUUAAAGAAAUUGGAUGCUGAUUGAAGAGACAGAUUAUUCGAUUUUUCUUAGAAUGUAACAAAUUGGUGGUGGCCGGUACCUUGUAGGAGGUAUGAACUAUUGCUCAAGUACUUGGUGUCGGUGAGGAUAAUUUGUAAUAGCUUUAUCAUAUUCACAUUACCUUCUUCCAAUACAAAGAAGGUAAUUGAAAUUAAUCUUGGAUCUUCAUUAUUUAAUGUCAAUUCUCUUUUUACCGUAUUCAA